UAUAGUGAAUUAACUCUUUUUUUAUUUGGUUGCCAGGGUAACGGACAAUAACGGGAACAAGUACCAAACAAUGACGCUUGUCAAAACCAAACAAAAUGUAUAUAGGAUUCUUGGAUACUUGAAAACAAACAAAUUAUUUAAAAAACAAAGUAUAUAUUUGGGUCAAGGUACAUAAAAUGCAAAGGAUUAUUUAGAUAACACUAUAAUCAAAUACAUAAUAUAAUUAUGAGAGCUAUAACAACCUGGGUAGACCAGGUCCAGGACAGACAAGAACAAUGCAUUUAUGAUUUGUGCUUUAGUCCAGAUGGUACUCAACUUGUUGUAACUGCUGGAUCACAAGUUCUUGUUUAUGAAACGACAAAAGGAGUUUUAAUAAAAUCACUAAAAGGUCAUAAAGACACAGUUUAUUGUGUUUGUUAUGCAAAAGAUGGAAAAAAAUUUGCCUCAGGAAGUGCUGAUAAAAGUGUUAUUGUUUGGACAUCAAAGCUAGAUGGUAUUUUAAAAUAUUCACAUAGUGAAGCUGUUCAAUGUAUGCAAUUUAAUCCAAUAACACAUCAACUUGUAAGUUGUUCAUCUAGUGAAUUAACAAUUUGGUCAUCAGAGCAAAAAAAUUUACAAAAAGUAAAAUCUGGUGGUAGAAUAAAUUGCUGUUCUUGGACACGUAAUGGACAAUAUUUAGCAAUUGGUUUUGCAUCUGGUUAUGUAUCAAUUAGAAAUAAAAAUGGUGAUGAACAUUUGAGAAUUGAUCGUCCAGGAACAAGUGCUGUAUGGAGUUUAUCAUGGGGACAACCACGUGAUGAAUCAAAUAAUGAUAUUCUUGCAAUUGCUGAAUGGAAUGGUACAAUAUCAUUUUAUACACAAACUGGUCGUCAAAUUGGACGUGAAAGAACAAUUGAUUUUAUUCCAUUAAAAAUUCUUCAUUUUCCUGAUGGACAAUAUCUUCUAGUUGUUGGUAGUAAUAAAAAAUGUUUAUUAAUGACAAAUGAAGGUUUUCAAUUAACAAAAAUUGGUAAUGAUUAUGAUUCAUGGGUAUGGAGUUGUGCUGUUAAUCCAACAUCAUCACAUAUUGCAAUUGGUACACAAAAUGGUAGUAUAAAUUAUUUACAAUUAUCAUGGGAUAUUGUACAUGGUUUAUAUGGUGAACGUUAUGCAUAUCGUGAAAAUAUGACUGAUAUUAUUAUUCAAAAUUUACAAACAAAUCAAAAAGUUAGAAUUAAAUGUAAAGAUUUAAUUAAAAAAAUUGCUGUUUAUCGUGAUAAACUUGCUGUACAAUUACCAGAAAGAGUUAUUAUUUAUGAAUUAUCUGGUAAUGAUGGUAUGCAUUAUCGUUGUCAAGAAAAACUUGGACAAUCACUUGAUUGUAAUCUUCUUGUUGUAACAUCAAAACAUUUAGUAUUAUGUUUAGAUAAAAGAUUACAAAGUUUAUCAUUUACUGGUAUUGUUGAAAGAGAAUGGAUAUUAGAUAAUUCAAUAACAUAUAUUAAAGUUAUUGGUGGACCAAUUGGUAAAGAAUGUAUAAUAACUGGUUUAAAAAGUGGACAAGUUGUUAAAAUAUAUUUAGAUAAUCCAUUUCCAUCAUUAAUUAUAAAAUUAAAUAGUUCAAUACGUUGUCUUGAUAUUAGUUCACAAAAAGAAAAAUUAGCAAUUGUUACUGAUAAUGGUUUAUUAACAAUAAUUAAUAUAAAUACUAGUAGCAGCAGUAAUAAUAAUAAUAAUGAUGAUAUAAUAUAUGAAAAAAAUGAUGUAACAUCAGUAUCAUUUAAUCGUUCAUUUGAAGAUAUGUAUUGUUUUUCAACAAAUGAUACAUUAUCAAUAAAAGUAUCAAAUUUUCCUGAAUAUCAUCAAAAAUUUAGUGGUUUUGUUGUUGGUAAUAAUGGCUCAAAGGUAUAUUGUAUUAUUGGUACAAAUAUAAAAACAAUUGACAUACCAUUAACAACAACAAUGUAUCAAUAUAUUGAUAUUAAUGAUUAUAUAUCAGCAUAUAAAAUAGCAUGUUUAGGUGUUGCUGAAACAGAUUGGUUAUCACUUGGUUUAUCAUCAUUGGAAAAACUUGAAUUAAAAAUAGCUGAAAAUUCAUUUACACGUUUAAAAAAUUUACGUUAUAUUGAAGUUGUUAAUGAAAUAUUAGAAAAAUUAGAAACAGGUGAAUGGGGUAGAGAAGGAUGUAUGGCAAUUGCAUCAGCAUCAAUGGGUAAAUUACGUGAUGCAGCAAAAUUAUAUCAAAAAGCUGGUUUACAACAAUAUGCACUUGAUAUGUAUUCAGAUUUACGAAUGUUUGAUAUUGCACAAGAAUUUAUAACAAGUGGUAAUUCACAAGAUCGUACUGUAUUAUUACGUAGACGUGCUGAAUGGGCAAAAAGUUUAGGUGAACCACGUGCUGCUGCUGAAAUGUUUUUAGCUGCUGGUGAUAUACAACGUGCUAUUAAUAUUAUAUCUGAAUAUGGAUGGAUUGAUUUAUUAAUUAAAGUUGGUAGACAAAUUGAUAAAGGUGAUCGUAAUAAUUUAACAAUAAUUGGUAAAAAAUUACGUAAACUUGGUGCAACACAUGGUGCUGCUGAAAUAUUUACACGUCUUGGUGAUGAUAAAGAUGUUGCUGAUGUACUUAUUGAUGCACAAGCAUGGCCAGAAGCAUUUGAAUUAGCUGAACGUAAUACAAAAUUAAAAUCACAUAUAUAUGGACCAUACGCAAGAUGGCUUGUUGAUACUGGAAGAUUUUCUGAAGCACAAGAAGCAUUUAAAUUAGCUGGACAAGUUGAUGAAUCAAUACAUGUAUUAACAACACUUGCUGAUAAUGCUAUUAUUGAAAGAAGAUUUAAAGAUGCAUCAUAUUUUUAUUGGUUAUUAUCACAAUUAAGUCUUGAAUUAAAUAAUAAAAAUGAUAAUGAUAUUAUUAAUAUAUUUAAUGAUUAUUCUGAUAAAGCUGAUAUAUAUUAUGCAUAUCAUGAAAUAUUUCGUUAUCAAGAAGAACCAUUUACAUCAUUUAUGCCUGAGGCAUUAUUUAAUAUAUCAAGAUAUUUAUUGAAUAAAAUUCAAGGUAUUAAUAUUUAUGGUAUAUCAAAAGUACAAAUUAUUUAUGCACUUAUUAAACAAGCUAAAACACUUGGUGCUAAUAAAUUAUCAAUGCAAUUAUUAGAAAAAUUAAAAACAAUGAAAAUACCAGAUUAUCAACAAAGCCAAAUUGAAAUAUUAACAUUAGCUAUUAAAAGUUAUCAAUAUACUGAUCCAGAAGAAUUAUUACCGCUAUGUUAUCGUUGUUCAACAUUUAAUUCUUUAUUACCAUCUAAUAAUAAACAUUGUAAUUGUUGUGUACAAUGUGGAUUAAAAUUUCAAUAUUCAUUUGGACAAUUUGAAAUAUUACCACUUGUUGAAUUUCAACUUGAUGAUGAUAUUGAUGAUGAUGAAGCUGAAAAAUUAAUUUAUGAAAAUAUUGAUAGUAUUCAUAAUGAUGAUGAUAAUAAUGAUAAUGAUAAUGAUAUUAUUGAAAAUCAAUUGACAAUUGAUGAUAAUAUUACUGAUUUAUUUACAGCUAAAAUGAUUAAAUUUAAUGAUCCAAAAAUUGGUGAUUCAAUUGUUAAAGUUGGCAGAAAAGUUUUAAAAAAUAUUGAACCAACAAGUGUUAUUAUUAUUAAAUGGCCAGUACCAUUUAAAACUAAAUAUUAUAAAAAUUUACUUCCUGAUUUACAAAUAACAUAUUGCAAAUAUUGUUUGAGACUAUUUCAUGCUGAUGAUUAUGAAUUGGCACUUCUUCGUCAAGGACAUUGUCCAUUUUGUCGAGUUUCAACUGUCUCUAUUAAUUAAUUAAUUUACAAAAUAUAUAUAUAUAUGAAAAACAUAUUACUUUAUUUAAUUUGAUGCUCGAAAUAUUUAUUUGUAAUUUUAAAAAAACAAUUAAGCUUUUGGUUUGUAAUAUUAAAUUAAUUUACAAUAUAUAAGUAAUUUUUAUUUAUACAACUAUACAAGAGCGAUCGAACACGAUCAGCGCGUAAUUUUUUAUAUUCUUGUGUAUCUUUAUUGUAGCAGUUUUAUUUAUCAUCUCUUUUUUUAUUUUUCAUAACUCAUUGAUACCUCUUUGCCUGUUCUA